ACAUACGCUUGUACUUCUAUGAAGAGAUGAGUAGUGUCUUGUAUAUUUGUCAAGCUCAGCUUGGUCAGUGUGUUCAUUCAUGCACAAAGCUUUCCAACAAUCGUUUCCUAGAUUUGUUAUUUUAUCAAGUGUUUCAUUUGAUCUUAGCCAAGAGGCCGAGAAGUGAUCAUCAUCAAGUGUUUCAAAUGAAUUAGCUUCCUGUCCGGGCAGUGCAUCCGAAUGCAGCCACGACUGUGUCCUAACAUUGGAGGGCCCCCAUUGUUUCUGUCCUGAAGGUUCCGUGCUGGAGGCAGACGGAAAGACGUGUAGCGGCUGCUCGUCACCUGGUAACGGUGGCUGUAGCCAGCUCUGCAUUCCCCUCGGCCCGGUGUCCUGGGAGUGUGGUUGCUUUCCUGGGUACGACCUGCAACUGGACCAGAAGAGUUGUGUGGCUUCAGGACCACAGCCACUUUUGCUCUUUGCCAACUCUCGAGACAUCCGACGCAUGCACUUUGACGGGACAGACUAUGAAAUCCUGCUCAGCCAGCAGAUGGGAACGGUUCUUGCACUGGAUCACGACCCGGUGGAGAAUAAGAUAUAUUUUGCCCACACAGCCCUGAAGUGGAUAGAGAGGGCUAACAUGGACGGGUCCCAGAGAGAAAGGCUCAUUGAGGAAGCAGUGGAUGCACCAGAAGGUCUUGCUGUGGACUGGAUUGGCCGUAGACUCUACUGGACAGACAGAGGGAAAUCUGUCAUUGAAGGGAGUGAUGUAAAUGGAAAACAUCGAGAAAUAAUCAUUAAGGAAAAUAUCUCUCAGCCACGAGGAAUUGCUGUUCAUCCCAUGGCCAAGCGAUUGUUCUGGACCGACGUGGGGACGAAUCCACGAGUGGAAAGCGCUUCCCUGCAGGGCGCUGACCGGCGGGUUAUCGCCAGCUCAGAGCUGGCGGAGCCUAGCGGACUCACUAUCGACCUCCUGACCGACACCCUGUACUGGUGCGAUGCCCAGCUGUCUGUGGUCGAGAUGGCCAAUCUGGAUGGCUCCAGGCGCCAGAGGCUGGCCCAGGACGAUGUAGGCCACCCGUUUGCCGUGGCUGUGUUCGAGGACCACCUGUGGCUGUCGGACUGGGCCGCGCCGUCGGUAACGAGGGUGCACAAGAGGACUGGCCAAAACAGGGUACGUCUGCGAGGCAGCGUGCUGAAGCCCUCCUCGCUGGUUGUGGUUCACCCACUGGCAAAACCAGGCGCGGACCCCUGCUCUCACCUGGGUGGCGCCUGCGAGCAGAUCUGCCAGGAGAGGUUCGGGACCGCUCAGUGUUCCUGUCUCAGAGGUUUCCGGAGCGCCCUGGACGGGAGGACGUGCCUGGCUCUGAGGAGUCUCCCGCCUUCGGCCGGUGGUGACGCUGAUCACAGUCGGCAGGGGACAGCACCAGACCACUUUUCUGGGACUAAGGCAUCAGAAGACAACACCACAGGAGCUCAGCGCCUGCUAGUGGCCGAAAUCAUGGUGUCAGAUGAGGAUGACUGUUCCCCUGUGGCGUGUGCCGUGCACGCUCAGUGCACUCCGGAGGGCGACGGCGCCACCUGCCGGUGUUCGGAGGGGUUCGCUGGGGAUGGAGAACUAUGCUCGGAUGUAGACGAAUGUGCGGCGGACAGCACCGCCUGCCCUUCCCCCUCCUCCGAGUGCAUCAACACGGAAGGCGGCUACGUGUGCAGGUGCUCGGCCGGGUACCGCGGAGACGGGCUACGCUGUCUGGACAUCGAUGAGUGCCAGCUGCAGGUGCACAGCUGCGGGCCAGGAGCCAACUGCACAAACACGGAGGGUGGCUACACCUGCUGGUGCGCCGGCGGCCCUUCUGCGCCCGGGCUGCCCUGUCCUGAGUCGACCUCAACCCCUCCCCUUGGGGAAGAUGGCGGCGGUCUGGUCAGAAAUGGUUACCCGGGAUGUCCCCCCUCACACAGCGGGUUCUGCCUCCACGGCGGAGUGUGCAUGUACAUCGAAGCAGUAGACACCUACGCCUGCAACUGUGUCAUCGGCUACGUCGGGGAGCGCUGCCAGCACCGAGACCUCAGAUGGUGGGAGCUGCGCCACGCCGGCCACGGGCAGCAUCGGGACGUCACGGUGGCAGCCAUCUGUGUGGUGGCGCUGGUCCUGCUGCUCCUCCUGGGGCUGUGGGGGGCACGCUGCUACAGGAUGAAGAAGCUGGCGCUGAAAACCCCGAAGAAUCCUUAUGAGGAGUCGUGCAGAGACGUGAGCAGUCGGAGGCCGGCCGACGGCGAGGCUGGGGUGUCUGCCUGCCCCCAACCUUGGUUCGUGGUCUUAAAGGAAGAUCAGAACUUCAGGACUGUGAGUCAUCCUACGUCUGGCAAGAAUGGCCAGAUGGCAGAUGUUGGCCAGCUUCCCUCCCUGGAGCCUGUCCUUGCCUCCCACCUGCACAGCUCCGGACUCACCAAUGGACCAACCCACCAAAGAAUACAGAACCCGCCAUGAUCUCACCACUUUCCAAAGGCCCUGCUUCUGAAUAAGUGAGACUUCUGGGGACAUUUCCAAUCUACACCCUAACCACGUUCACUCAGAACUCUAGUAAUACAGUGGUCUGCUAGAUCGUUUUGAGCAAGUUCACAGUGGCUCUUUAUUUUUGAUUAUGUGGAGUUUAACGGUCUUUCUCGGGGGCUGGGACUUACACAGAUACGAUUCUGUAAGUGGCUCCAAGAAAGUGUGUCCCAUGUUCUAGUGGGAAGUGUUCCUGGGAUACAGGUUGAUCCAGGGUUUGUCCUGGGGAUUUCAGAGGUGUGAGUCUUAGCAGGGGCUGGGCUUCAGCCAGAUCCCAGGCUGUCUGUGAAGUCCAGCCAGGCCACCGAGGAAGCAUAAAAUCAACCCAGGUUCUCAGGCUGCUUGGGAACUCAAUCUGCCUCAGGUAGAAAUAGAGUUAAAUAUCCUUUGAUAGAAGACUUUUGCCAGGAGUUGUAUUAUGAUAAAUCUCUUGGGCUUCGGCCUCUGGCAUCAUUGUUCUUUUUUACAUCCGAGAGGAUAUUUUAGAACAAGCUUUGUGUCAUAAUCCAUUGGAAAGGCGUAGAGAAUCUUUAAGCCAAUAAAAACAGUUCUGCUGAUGAAGGAAGCCAUUAAAAUAGCAGCUUUACUUACAUUUUCUGAUACUUUCCCUUCAUGGUUUUUACCGUAUAUGCUUCUUCAGAUUUCUUUAUAGAGGAUGUAGGUUUCUUAGUCUGGAAAACUCAUUCUGAAUUCCACUUCUAUACAUAUGCUGCUGUGUAUCCCCAAAUAAUGAAUUCAGUACAACUUUAUUGCCUAAUUUGAGCAAGGCCUAUAUAUUAAGGUACAUUUAAAAAUUGGAUAUGAAAGGUGUAAUUAAUAGAGUUUUAUAUACAGUAUAUACCAUUACUCUUGCCUGAAUAAUUAAAUAAUUUAGUAUUUUCAGAAGUUGCUUGGGUUUUUGGUACUACUCGUGGCACUGCUAGAAAGUCACAAGAUAUCUUAUAGUUACUUUUCCUUGAGCAGCUAAAAGCACAUUAUUUUUUCCUAAUAAAGGUACUUUUAAUAGAGGUAUGUAUAACUGCAAGCCCAACCAUAGAACAAUGAUUUGAUGGGAAUGUAGUUACACUCAGAAAAAAACUAAGGACUUAUUGUUAGCCUGCCUCUCAGGGAUAGAUUAGAAUGUUUACUUUUUUGAGACAGGGUCUUGCUAUGUAGUCCAGGCUGCCCUUGAACUUGGGACCCUGCUCCCUUAGCCUCCCGAGGCUGGGAUUACUGGAGUGUACCGCCGUGCCUGGCUUGAAUGUCUGCUUCCUUGUUCACUCUAUUAUAAUUUGACCCACUUUUGGGGGGCCACUUGUCUGUGUCCCAGUAUGAGUGAUACUUCCCUGGUCAUGUCUAGCUGUCCCUUUUUUUUUUUGGUACCGGGGAUCAAACUCGGGACCUUGUGCUUGCAAGGCAGGUGACGGAACCAUUGAGCUAGAUCCCCAGCCCUUGUCUAGAUGUCUUGGAAAUGCUUGUAGUGAAAGAGUCCCUAAAGAUUGGGUUAGGAGGUAGAGUGAAAAGGAGACACAGGUCGGUUUUGGCUCUGAGCCAGUCCCUUCCCUGUACCUGGAAAGCCAUGGCAACAGCACUAGCAGAAGAUCCACAGAGCCAUCUCUGUUGACUUUUCCCUGCCAGCUGGCACAGGUCAAGUGCAGAGCACCAGCUAGGGGCAGAGGACCACAUGGCAGAAAGGAAUGCCAGUGUGUUUAAAACCAGAGCUCGAUCCCAAGUCGCUCAGAGUCCAGGUGGGGGCAUCAGAAGUGCACAAAGAGAGCUCCGGAGCAGAGCCAGGUGCAGUCUUGGACUCAGCCAACCAGGACCAUCUCAGUUUUUAAAAGCUCAGUUCAGCAUAGUUUGGGAAUGAGUUCCUUUUGUGUU